UCUUGCAUGUGUGUUGAAGGACAUCACGACAAUUCCACCCGCAGUUGUGAGGGAUGGCCUAGCUGCGAAGCGUCCCAGUCGCACAAAUCAUGUCCUGGGCCGCCGACCGGAAGACGACGCGUGUAGAAGAUCGGGCGUAUUCGUUGAUGGGGCUGUUUGGAGUGAACAUGCCCAUGCUGUAUGGAGAGGGUGAAAAGGCAUUUCAGAGGUUACAACUGGAAAUCAUCCGCACAUCCAGCAAUCACAGCAUAUUUGCAUGGAAUCCACACAGGCCGCGGGCAGGCAGUGUCCUGGCAGGAUCCAAGCGACUUUCGGGGCUGUGGUGCCAUGGUGAAGGUGGAGCCCGGCGAAUUUGUCGACGGACUAAUGAAGGAGAUCGAAAAGGGCGAACUCGGCAAUCCCUGGCACUUUCUGGGUAUCUCGACCAACCCGAUACACUGGGGCAGAGUUGUAUGGCUGAAGUGGCGUGCCCGUCGCUCAGCCAGUCACUCCGCACAUUCGCUGUCAGUAAUGCGGGGAUCCAAGUGUGCUUGCCCGUCAUCCCCUAUCACAAGACUCCGUCUCAUCUCCGUGCCCUAUUGGCAUGUAGAAUCGAUGGUUUCGGUCUGGCUAUCAUCGAUUUGGUAUUCUCUGGAUCCAGCUUCGACAGGACUAACACUACGGACAUCCCCACGGCGUUUCCAGGGUCCAAAACACUGUAUCUUACUCACAAUCACAUUGGUACAAACUGGACGGAUGGCGUACAGGGCUAGAAGGAUGUUCUGGUAAACGGGUUGCACUGGGCGAUUAUGGUGACUACGACGAUGGUUAUUUCAAACGCACUGGCAAUAUAUUUGAGGAUACACGGACCCUUGGCAAUGACCCCACGAGCUCAGUUUAUUUCCCCGUGGUCUCCUGUGUAGUUGACAUGCGGAGCAGGAAACCGGAUGACGGUAUUAUAGAAUAUGUUGACGAUGGCAGAUGCCUUCAGCUGCGUCAACCAAAGGGCUUGUCACUUCCCACCAACGAAUGUUUGGCCCUGCUACUGAAAGCCUUGUCUAACCGUACUGCAGACAAACAUUUGGUGAUAACAGUCAUACAACGCGCAGACUU